UUCAGGCCCCUGACAGGGUCGGGGCGCCGCCAUUUUGGCUCCUCUCAGAGUGGGUGGCGGCGGCGGCGGGUACUGGCGGUCCGGAGCCGCCCGCCGGGGACAGGCUCCUUGCCCGCUUUUUUUUCGGGAGGUGACUUCGAGCUUCCUUUUUCUCUUUUCCUUCUAGCCCCGUGCCGCGGGCCAGCUCGUACGCUUUCGCCAGGCACCCGGCGCGAUGUCUGGCGACGGAGCCGCCGAGCAGGCCGCUGAAUAUGUCCCAGAAAAAGUGAAGAAAGCAGAAAAGAAAUUAGAAGAGAAUCCAUAUGACCUUGACGCUUGGAGCAUUCUCAUUCGAGAGGCACAGAAUCAACCUAUAGACAAAGCACGGAAGACAUAUGAACGCCUUGUUGCCCAGUUCCCCAGUUCUGGCAGAUUCUGGAAACUGUACAUUGAAGCAGAGAUUAAAGCUAAAAAUUAUGACAAAGUUGAAAAGUUAUUUCAGAGAUGCCUUAUGAAGGUUUUACAUAUUGAUUUAUGGAAGUGUUAUCUUUCAUAUGUCAGAGAAACCAAGGGAAAACUACCCAGCUACAAAGAAAAAAUGGCACAAGCAUAUGACUUUGCUUUGGAUAAAAUUGGAAUGGAAAUUAUGUCAUAUCAGAUUUGGGUGGAUUACAUCAAUUUCUUGAAAGGAGUGGAAGCUGUUGGGUCCUAUGCAGAAAAUCAAAGAAUAACAGCUGUCCGGAGAGUUUAUCAGCGAGGUUGUGUUAAUCCAAUGAUCAAUAUUGAGCAACUUUGGAGGGACUAUAAUAAAUAUGAAGAGGGCAUCAACAUACAUCUAGCUAAAAAAAUGAUUGAAGAUAGGAGUAGAGAUUACAUGAAUGCCAGGCGUGUGGCAAAGGAGUAUGAAACGGUAAUGAAAGGUUUAGACCGCAAUGCCCCUUCAGUACCGCCACAGAAUACUCCCCAAGAGGCUCAGCAAGUAGACAUGUGGAAGAAAUACAUACAGUGGGAAAAGAGUAACCCUCUCCGAACAGAAGACCAGACGCUCAUAACAAAAAGAGUGAUGUUUGCAUACGAGCAGUGCCUGCUGGUGCUGGGCCAUCACCCGGAUAUUUGGUAUGAAGCUGCCCAGUACCUGGAGCAGUCCAGCAAGCUGCUGGCUGAGAAAGGGGACAUGAAUAAUGCUAAAUUAUUUAGCGAUGAAGCUGCUAACAUAUAUGAGAGAGCUAUUAGCACUUUAUUGAAGAAAAAUAUGCUUCUUUAUUUUGCAUAUGCAGAUUAUGAAGAGAGUCGAAUGAAAUAUGAGAAGGUGCAUAGCAUAUACAAUCGACUUCUAGCUAUUGAGGAUAUCGACCCAACUCUGGUCUAUAUCCAGUAUAUGAAGUUUGCAAGGCGAGCGGAAGGCAUCAAAGCUGGAAGGAUGAUAUUUAAAAAAGCAAGAGAGGACGCUAGGACACGCCAUCAUGUCUAUGUUACGGCAGCAUUAAUGGAGUACUACUGUAGUAAGGAUAAAUCUGUGGCCUUUAAAAUUUUUGAGCUGGGGUUAAAAAAGUAUGGAGACAUUCCAGAGUAUGUGUUAGCCUAUAUUGACUACCUGUCUCACCUCAACGAGGACAAUAAUACCCGAGUUUUGUUUGAACGAGUGUUGACCUCUGGAAGCCUUCCACCUGAGAAAUCUGGAGAAAUAUGGGCCAGAUUCCUCGCUUUUGAAAGUAACAUUGGUGACCUGGCCAGUAUCCUCAAAGUGGAGAAAAGGCGAUUCACAGCAUUCAAGGAAGAGUAUGAAGGCAAAGAAACAGCAUUACUGGUCGACAGGUACAAGUUCAUGGAUUUGUAUCCCUGCUCUGCAAGUGAGCUGAAAGCUCUUGGCUACAAGGAUGUCUCUCGUGCUAAGCUAGCGACCAUCAUCCCCGACCCCGUGGUGGCUCCUUCCAUAGUGCCUGUCCUUAAAGAUGAAGUGGAUCGAAAACCAGAAUACCCCAAGCCAGACACUCAGCAGAUGAUCCCCUUUCAGCCAAGACAUUUAGCACCCCCAGGUUUACACCCUGUGCCUGGUGGAGUGUUUCCUGUGCCACCUGCUGCUGUCGUCUUAAUGAAACUCCUCCCUCCUCCUGUCUGUUUCCAGGGUCCUUUUGUGCAAGUAGACGAAUUGAUGGAAAUUUUCCGAAGAUGCAAGAUCCCAAGCUCGGUUGAUGAAGCAGUGAGGAUCAUUACUGGAGGAGUACCAGAGCUGGCCGUGGAAGGGAAUGGCCCCGUGGAGAGCAGCACCAUGCUCACCAAAGCUGUCAAACGGCCCAACGAAGAUUCAGAUGAGGAUGAGGAGAAAGGUGCUGUGGUGCCACCCAUCCAUGACAUCUACAGAGCCCGACAGCAGAAGAGAAUCCGAUGAGAUGAGGCUGGAGUGCUUCUGCGGGAGACAUCCCUCUGCCUCCUAUGUCCUUUGUCACAAAGCGAUGCUGUCACCGGUGCCUCUUUCUAUCCAAUGGUUCUCAAUAAAAACUUUAAAAGCCAACCAGAAGGGUGGGUCUUACCAUGUCCAGCAGACAUGUGCUUUGAGCAAAACUAGGUUUUCAAAAAUGGGGAAAUAGUGCAAAAUGUCUGAACACAUUUUGUUCUUUCUUCAAGCGUGUCUAGUGACUCGCUUGAAGCCUUGUUGGUUUUCAACAGUUUUAUUUUUAAAACUGGAUGGCUUCUGAUUGUGAAACAUUUUAAUUCACUUGUUUUGGAAGUUACUCUGUUUGCUCAUGUAAAGUCCUGCCUUACUGUUUGUUUUUAUUUAUGGCAGAAUGUAUGGAAUCUGUUUUGUAGUUUAAAAAUGGAAA